AUUAAGUUUAUAGGUUAUGUUAAAAAAAGUUAAAUUGAUAAGCAAUGUAAAGAAUUUUGGUAAAAAAGGCGCGAAUGAUAUUUAAGUACAACUAAAUCCAGUCGUGAAACCAGUCGAAGCAAAACUCAGUAAUUCUUAUGGAAAACCACAUCAGAAGACAUCACUUUUCACCACCUCAUUUUACUUGUGGAAACUCGCCUGAAACCUAUUAUUGCAAAGAUUGUAACUUCCAAACAGAACUAACCCUCAUUUUUAAACAACAUCUUCAGGAACACCAUACCAUUAAAAAAGAACCUGAUGAAGAUUUACCAAACGAGAAACACGUAAUUCAGAAGUACAUCUGUAAAAAAUGCACUUUUGUAACACACUUUGUUCUUAAAUGGCUACAACACAGCGCUUCAUGUUUAGCAGAUCAAAAACACCGUUUGAUUUUAAAACAAUACAUAAAUACCUACUGUUUGAAUGAACAGAAGAUUAAAUGGUACCAAUGUAAGCUCUGCUUAUAUAAAACCAAAUACAACUAUAUGUUAAAAGACCACAUAAAUGCGCGUCAUUUAGACGAACAAGAUGUUAAGUGGUACCAAUGUGAUCAGUGCCCAUAUAGGUCCAAACACCGUUCGAAUCUUAGCAACCACAUAAAACUACGCCAUGUAGAUGAACAAAAUAUUAAAUGGUACGAAUGCGAGGAAUGCUCAUAUAGAGCUAAAAACGGCUGGAAGUUAAGAAUUCACGUAAAUGCGCGCCAUUUAGCCGAUCAAGAUAUUAAAUGGUACCAAUGCGACAAGUGUCCCUACAAAGCCAAGCACCGUUCAAAUCUUAACAGUCAUAUAAAGCUACGCCACGUCGAUGAACAAAACAUUAAAUGGUAUGAAUGCCAGAAAUGUGCAUACAAAGCGCGGAAAAAAGAUUAUUUAAGAAGUCACGUAAAUGCCCGCCAUUUGCCUGAGCAAGAUAUUAAAUGGUACAGGUGCGACAAGUGUCCAUAUAAAGCUAAAAAGAAUUCUUAUUUAGCCAGACACGUAAGCAGGCGACAUUUGGAGGAAAAGGACAUUGAAUGGCACGAAUGCCAAAAAUGUUCAUACAAAGCUAAGUCAAAUUCGUGUUUAAAAAGACACAUGGUUUCGCGGCAUUUGGAUGACAAGGAUAUUAAGUGGUAUGAAUGCCAGAGUUGUCCAUACAAAGCUAAGGAGGAGCGGUAUUUGAAAAGCCACAUAAAUACGCACCAUUUGGAUGAAAAUAGCAUUAAAUGGUACGAGUGUAAGAAGUGUCCAUACAAAACUAAACACAAUUCCACUCUUCAUAAUCACGUGAAGUUGCACCACAUAGACGAGCAGAAUAUUAAAUGGUACGAGUGCCAGGAGUGUCCGUAUAGGGCGAAAAAUAGCUGGAAGUUAAAAAUGCACGUCAAUGUACGGCACUCAACUGGACAAGAUAUUAAAUGGUAUAGGUGUAACAAGUGUCCAUACAAAACUCUGAAUAAUUCUCAUUUAAAAAGACAUCUUAGUUCUCUGUAUUUACAUAAAAAGUGUUAAUCAAAGCCUAAAUUAUGCCACCUGUUUUAGUGUGAAUUGUACCACUCGUUAUUUGUUAAAACAAAAAAUGUACAUUUAUGUAAAUUAAAAAUGUGUACUUA